AUGCGCAUUCCGAGCCGUGCAAGGUCUGUGCAGACGGAGCCGGCCUAUGAGGUACAGCAUGACAAUCCAGUUUCGCAGACGGAUGGCGCAGUUCGCGAAGCCCUCUCGUCCAUCGCGAUGUCUUCCGCGGCAGAGCCGUCAAGCGAGAAGGAUCCGCCGAGCAGGCCUUCUUCGGACGUGGAUGAGCGGCCUGGGCUGAGCGGGACGGAGCCUUCGUCUGCCGGGAUUUCUUCGUCACCUCGACGCGACCAGGAAGAGCAGCAUGUGGCGAUGUCAUUGGAAGCAGAUGCUCCAGCCACAGAACUACGGUCAGGCCUACCUGACGUUGAGUCACAACCAGAUGCGUUCGCCCCGCCACCCCUACAGGGAGUGCAUGCGCUCGGUGAGGAAGCAUCUUUGCCGCAAUCUCAAACUGCAGAAGUUGACUCGGUCGCCUCGCGAGAUCAAGAAGUUGCUGGGGCACCGUCACCACUCCCUGGAGAAGACGAAGACGGUACAAAAGCUGACUCAGCUGAGAUCCAAACACAGGAGGACGAGCCAGCCCGUUCUAUGGCCGAGGGGCAGUUCGACGAGUCGAGCGCAAACAAGCUUCCGUUCGACGACGGAGAGGAGGAUCCGGGCGGCUACGCCGGCGCUGAGCAGAGUGAGACAGCAAGGCCGAGAGACCAACGAUGGCACGUCCUGGGUGACGACGAUCCACCGCCCCGCGCCUCCGAGGGUGCUCUACUGCUGUCGGAGCAGAGGUUGAGGCAAACACGCCGCCAUCUUCUGGCAAGCUGCGUCACGGCUUGGAAAGAAGGUGUGGGCUUCCUCGUCAGCUCCUCUCUUUGGCAAGACGAUGAGGAGGACAUGCGGCGCUGGCAUUUGCGCGGCCUGGAGCUUCGUCUCCAAGGCUGCCAAGCCGUGCGGCAGCAGGAGAUGGAAGCCAGUCGCGAGGCGCAGGCUGCGCUGCAGGCCAAGAGUCAAGAAGAAGUGAAGAAAGCAGAGGUGCGAGUGCGAGAGGAAUUUCAAGCCCAGUUACAAGCACAGGCUGCACAUGCGAACCGGGAGCGAGAGAUUCUGGAGGCAGGCUUUCUGCAACGCCUUGCAGGGGCAGAGCGGCAGCGCGAUGCGCUGCAGGCUCAAAUAAACUACUCGGUCUAUGACGUGUCGAGGGACAAGGACUUGCUGGAGGCAAGGCUUCGCGGAGAGUUGGACGACGCGAAGCACCAGCGCGAAGUUCAGGAGGCGAAGAUGUUUGCAGUGAUGCAAGAUGCAGAUCGCCAGCGAGAGAUAGAUCAGGCGAAGCUUUCUGCUCUCCUACAUGAUGAAAGGCGGCAGCAUGACGUCCGCCAGGCUCGACUGACAGAGACUUUCCGAAGGCAAGAGCUCAAAGCACAUCAGCACCAGGAAGAGCUGGGUGACCAGCUUCGACACCAGAGAAGUGAACUUGCAGAGGAGCGCCGGCGAGCAGGCGUGCUACAAAGCCAACUGGAGUCAGCCCAGGCCGAGCUGGUGAAGGCGCACGGCUGUGCUUUCGACCUCAAGGCGGCCCUGGAGAACCUGAAGACCUUGAAGGAGCUGCGCGAUGCUGAGGAAAAGCGACGCAAGGAGACGGAGGAGAGUCGCCAGGCCCUCCUACACCAUGUGAAAGAGGUGGAAUCUCAACGUGCGCAGCUGCAGGCUCAGUUGGACGAGAUCCAAGCCGGUUAUGUCAGCCUCAAGGCUGUGGCAGAGGCGGAGCGUUCAAAGACCUGCGUGGCGGAGCAGACGCUGAAGGAGCGUGAUGCCCGCGUCGCACAGCUUCUUGAGGAGAUUCAGAAGUAUCGUUCCCAGCAGAACCUGAUGAAGGAUGAGGCCAUCGAGCUCGCUGAGCACCGCGCUUGGCUGGGUGAGGAUCAGCGGUGGCUGCUGACGCUGGAAUCUCGUUUGAAAGAGGAGCAGAAGCGCGCGAGUCAGCUUGAGGACCAGCUCUUGGAGGAGAAGAAGAGGUGCGCACGGCGACUGGAGGACAUGUCACAAGAACUCCUGGAGGAGAAGGCCAAGUGCCUGGAGCUACGGAAGCCACGUCCUGCGGACCGGGAUCGCCAGGCGAAGGAUGCCAAGUUCCUUGCCGAAAUCCACGAGGUCCAACGCCAGGCGAAAGCUUAUGAGCGAGGCUGGAAGCAGGCCGUCCUCGAUUCCAAAGAAAUGGAGAGCAUGCUGAAGAAAGAGCGGCAGCAUCGGCAGCAGUUCAGUGACUUCGUUGAAGACUUGGAAAAACGCUGCUGGAUGCUUCAAAAGGACCUCCGACUGCAGAGCCUUCCUGAAGUGUUGGCUGCGGAGCGGCAACAGGCUGCAGCCAUUGCACAGAGAGCCGUCGACUUCGAAGACCGGUGCGAAAAGCUUCAGAAGAAUCUCGAUGACAUGCACGUGUACCUAGAGAAGUUGAGCUUGGAGAGUGCGCAAGGUGCCGUGGCAGUUCAGCGGGCUAACGAGAUGCAGGAGCAGUACGACCAGCUGUGCAGCUACACACAAGCCUUGGAACGCGAGCUGCGAUCCAGUUCUAGAACACUGCGCACUCUGGACGACAGUUGCGCUGGGCUUGAGCAGAAGCUCGCGGAUCAGACCAAGAAUGCCGUGGAAGUUUUGGCCGGCCGCCUCAAGGUCAAGCUGCGCUUCUCCGCCUUCCGGUGCUUCAUGGCCUGGCGACAAUGCCUGGUGUUCGGAAAAGCCAGCAGGUGGCGUGAAGCAGAGGCCCAGCGGAUCUUGGAGGAGUCGGAUGCUCAACUCCUGCGCUUGCAAGGCCGAGCCUUGCAAGGCCUCCGCGCGGCCAAGCAGAGGGCAAUCGGCUUGGAGCAUGUGGGGGACAUGCUCUUUCUGUAUCGCAUGAAGAUCCUGCAGGUGCAUCUUUUCAUGUCCUGGAGGCUGCACUGCAAGGCAGAAAACUUCUCGAAAGCCUGGCAAACCCACAAGACGGAGCUACGAGAGAGUCGUCAGGAGGUCAUUCGGCAAGCGCUGGAAACAGACGAGGUGCAGGAUGCGAUCGAAGACAUGGAUGCCACCGGGCCACAUGGCGAAGAGGACAAGCAGCAGGAUCAGCUUGCUCAGCUGCGCGCGUUGCAGGCAGCCGCAGCCCAGGAUGCCACUGCCCGUGCGGUGCGCCGAGCUGAGGACGAGGCGAUGCGAGCAAGGAGGGAGGCCCAGGAAGCUGCAGAACGCCUGCGUUUGGCGCAGCUGGAAGCUCGGGAGUGGCUCGCUGCCUUGGACGCAGCCAGACUGGAACUCGCGAAGGCGCAGAGUUCAAACGAGGGCGGCGUGGCUCACGAGGCCGUCGAAGAAGCCGUCGAGUAUUUGCAAGAGGUGGAGGCUGCGAAGCUGCGUGCAGAUGCAGAAGUGGCCCAACUGCAGAAGGCGGCUGCAGAAGCCGCCAGCAGAGCAGCGGAGGCCGAGGAGGUACUCGAGAAAGCGCAGAGUGCGGCCGCAGCUCAGCUGCGUGCCAUGGAAGCUCGCAAAGCUGCAGAGGAGAAGGUGGCAAGCAAGGCGCGUACAGCGGCCGAGGCGGAGAAGAGAGCUAAGCAGCGUGCGCAGGCUAUGGCAAAGAAGGAGGCCAAGGCACUGCCUGCUGCGGAAGCGGCCGCAGCUGCAGGAGACGUCCAAGCCGAGGAUUCUCAGGUGGGCGCGACGAAGAGCGCAAAAAAAGCUCCCACGGCGGUGGUAGUGGAGCGUUCCGUAUCGGAACAAGCCGAAGCAAUCGGGCCAGAUCCGGAAGUUUUGCAAGAGCCCCCACCGGAGGAUGACGGGCAAAAGGAGGAAGCUCUGCGGCGAGAGGCGAGGCAGAGACAGGAGGAGGAAGCCCGGAGAAGAGAAGAAGCAGAGAAGGCAGAAGAAGAACGCCGGAAGCAGGAAGAAGCCCGGCGCGAGGAGGAGAGGCUACUUGAGGAGGAAAGAAGACGGCAUGUAGAAGACAUGCACCGAAGACAAGAGGAGGAGCUGCGGCAGGCCGAAGAGCGGAGAAGGUUUGAGGAGGCCAUAGAGGAGAACCGGCGGCGCCUUCGGGAAGAGGAAUUGGAAAGAGAUCGCCAGAAGGCAGAGCAACUCGCAGACCGAAUGAGCGCCGAGCGGCAACAGGAGCUUCUCAGCAUAUGCGUCAACCUUUGGCAGGAAGAGACGCAUGCGGCCGCAAGUGAGCGACAACGCUUGGAGGCCAAGCGCAAGCAUGAAGAGGAAGUGCGACGGAUGAAAGAGGAGGCACUUGCAAAGGCCGAGCGGGCGGCAGACUCCAUCGCUGAAAAGAUGUACAGGCAGCACUGCGAGCUGCUGCUACAAGACGCUUUCAGGUGCUGGUUCGAGGACUACAAAGAGGCUAUGGCAGAAAAGAAGGAGGAAGCAACCAAGAAGGCAUACCAGGAGGAAAAGAAGCGAUUGCAAAAGGAAAGAGAAGCGCAGGCAGCCGAAGCCGAGAGCAAGCGGGUCGAGGCCGAGCAGAAGGCAUUGGCAGAACAACAAAAGCUGAAAGAGCAGGCGGAGGCCGCCGAGGCUGCACGUCGGCACCAGGAAGCCGAACUGCAGGCCUUGGAGCAGCGAACUGCGGAGCGGCUGGCGGCAAGGGAGGCGGAGACGAUGGAGAAGCAGAAGCAGCAGGAGGAGAGUCAGCCUGCCAACGCGCCUCUGACCCAGGUGGACACGCGGCUCAACGUUACUCAAGAUGAAGACAUGAAGCAUGAGGCGAUGAAGGAGCGGGAGCUCGCUGCACAACGGGAGGACUUGGAGCGGCAGCGCCGUGAACUGCAGCUGCAGCGCGACACUCUGGAGAGGGAGGCCAUCGAGCGGCAGCAAGCAGCGCUGCAACAGCAGCGCAGGGCCGCGGAACAGGACCUUCUUCCGACUGCGCAGCAAAGCCAGCCCGAGGUGCAGGAAGCGAGGUCUGGGCAACCACGUGCCGAGCAGGUGCUGCCAAGUCAGCAUCUCGACAUUCAACGCGACGCUAUGGAGCGUGAGGUUUUCCAACGCCAGCAGCAGAUCGCGGCAGCUGAGCGUGAGGCCCUUGUGGAACAGAUCAAGGCGGCCAGACAGCAGCAGGCACUGGAGAUGGAGAUGCUGAAGGAAAAGGUCUCUGAGGCCGAGGAUGCGCGAAAGAAUCAACAGGCUGAAUUGGAGCGACUCAAAGAGGAGGUCACCAGAGGCUCCGUCUACCAGGAGAUCCUGCAGCACUUCAAGUUGACUCCUGCAGAUCAUGUGCAGGAGACACCACAGGUGCAUGUCGCGAAAGCUGCCCCAGUAGUGGAGGUGGGCGUGACCCAGACAGCAGAGAUCUCUACACGCAGCAUUUCAGUCGAGGCGGUUCCAGAGAUUCCGAAGCUAAACCGGCCGCGUCGACCUGAUCCGCAUUCAAUGGAACUCGGACUGCAACAGGCUAAGAUGCUGGAGCGGAUGCUGCUGAAGGUGGUGGUCCAAGGAUGGCAGGCUGCCGUCUUCGAGCGCUGGAGGCUUCCGCAGGAAAUCCGUGUCCGGCAAGUUCCAUGGCAAACGCCUCCCGAGGAGCCACUGGUGCCGCGCCCACGUGGGUCAAACUUUGCCAUGCACGCCGAACUGGCCGCCCAGGGCUUGUCCAAGUGGUCAGAGCCAAUUGCAGAGGGGCCGUUGAGUAGUGCGGACCUCUACGAAGCCAACGCAAGGGCCCACGCCACGUUUGCCAGAUGGGCCGUUAGUGCCAGCCAGCGGCAUAUGGCACAAGCCUUCGAGCAGAGGCAAGCGGAAGCCUCAACUGCCGAAGACGAGGCAGCAGAGCGAGCCGUUCAGCGUGCGAGCGAAAGCAUUGAGCAGGCGGUGCAGCAGGACAUCCUUCUGGAAGAGCUGCGCAGUGGGACAGCAUGGCCUCCUCCGCUUUUGCCGCCACGACCGGUCCUCCCCGGCGACGACGGAUGGCAGGAGCGAGUCCGGCAAUCAGGGCGGCUAUUUGCAUCGGCGUCUGCAGCCGCUGACAUGCAGGAAGAGCAGGUUCUCUUUGUGCAGAGCGACGGUGUUUCAACAACCUUUCAUGCACAUGCUCCGGAAGGCGAGCGAGACUGCCUGACCGAAUGGCGAACCGAAGCUGAUCCAAGCUGUAGAUGCCAUGUUCUAUUGCAGGCAUAUGCAGACCGGCGCUUGCAGCGCGAGCUUCAACUGAUUCAGCAGUCGCCGAAUGCCCAGGUGGCUGUGAAGCCUUCCAGCGCGUCUUUGCUGGAGUGGCAUUUCGUACUGCAUUCCCUGCCUGCCGAUAGUCCUUACAGCGGCGGAUGCUACCGCGGCAGGCUUCUAUUUCCCAACGGCUACCCGCAUGCCCCACCGACAGUGGUCAUGGUGACUCCAAGUGGGCGGCUGGAGACGGGUUGCCGCCUGUGUCUGAGCAUGACGGACUUUCACCCAGAGAGCUGGAAUCCAGCCUGGUCGGUUGACACGAUCCUGACGGGCUUAUUGUCCUACUUUCUCUCUGAUGCAGAAUCGGGCUACGGAUCGAUCAGGGCUUCGUGGGAAACGCGGCGAGCGUUUGCAGAAGAGUCCUGGGCCCACAACCUCUCAGACCCCGACUUCACGCAGCUCUUUCCGGAGUUUCGCAGCCCUCAGCAAAGUUUGCCCUCCGCUCGGCAAGCUUCCAGCCAGACAGAAUCGCAGGCUCGAGAGUGCUGGAUCUGUCGGGAUUCCGGCCCUGAACCGCUGAUCUACCCUUUGGUGCUGGCCGAGCACUACCUUUAUGUGAUGAGGCGCCGACGGCUUGUAGCCUUGGCCGUGUGGCCCGUGCUGGCCCUUCUUUGGCCGCAGAAGGUCUUCGUCGUUCCGCGAGUUUCCGAGACUCCAAGAGCCUCGGAUGCGACGUCCAGCUCCAUUCACUAUGCAGAAUCCAAGGCCCCGAGCCUGGAAGAGGCUCCAGAGAUGAGCUAUGCCUCCACCGUCCGGUCAAUGGCAGGCGUGGUGCUGGGUCUUCUCUUAGCCGUGGCUGCAGCCGCAUCUGCGAUGGCAGAGGACGGCUCUCCGACAGGCUUUGCAGAGUUCGCGCGCAAGGGAGGCAAGAUGGAUGCCGACGUCGGCUGCUUCUUCAACCAGUGUGGGAAGCAAACAAAGGCGUGCUUUGUUGAAGACGGGAGAUGUUUGAAAGGCGCCACAUGUCUUGCGAGAUGUCGCGGAGACCCAGAUUGCGCCACGCAGUGCUUUGCAGAAUUUGGGUGUCCCAGGCUGGAUGCCUGGCUGAACUGCACAGUUGAGAAGGAACAGUGUGUCAGCGUUCCAGCUGGAACUUACGAUGUUCGGAAGUUCUAUGCGGAACAAGUCCCAACCAAGCUCAAAGACUUCGAUGUCCGCAAGCUGGAAGGCAAAUGGUACAAAGUCCGCGGCUACAACAAGAAGUACGACUGCUACCCAUGCCAAACGAAUGUUUUCAAGUAUAACGCGGCUGACAAUACCAUGGAAACCGAAGUAUCGCUUCGACUUGCGAGACUGCGAUCUGGAGGAUACUGGGAAAACACACUGACUGAAAAGAUGCAGAUCCAAGCUCCGAGCGACCGCAGUACCUUGUUUGCGAAGGGCGAAAUCUUUGGCCUCUCCUUCCAAGAGGAGUGGUACGUUUUGGCUGCUGACGAAGACUUCGUUCUGACGGCAUACGUGGGCAAUAAUCUGCAGGAUGCUUACAGAGGCGGCUUCGUCUAUGCGAGAACGCCCGUGCUUUCUGCAGCAGCAGAAGCCAAAGUGAGGGCGGCAGCAGAAAAGAACGGAUUUGACUGGUCGAAGUUCUGCAUCAUUGACAACGCUUGCCCUGCGCAGCCGCCUGUUGAUUACACGCCUAUGUCCAUGAACAUGGACGACGUGCAGGACCUCUUUGAAUGGUUCGCACCUGGCUCCACACGUGGUGGCACUGUCAAGGACUCCAACUUCAAUGGUGAGUACUGA